UCCAUAUAAGUGGAAAAAAAUUUAACCCUUGCCCUUCACGAAAUCAUUCGAGUCGCCCGCCAAGGUGAAGUUUCAAUUUUCUUCGGCAACAUAGGUCGUCAAUUGUCAUCGCCCGUUUGUGCCAUAUAAUUGUAAAUAAUAUAAUUUUGCAUCAAGUAAACUAAAAAUGGCGUUUUCAAUUUCUUUUAACACGUCUUCGGUCUUGACAAAUACUGCCAAAAUACUUAAAAGAUCAAUAACUACUACUCGUGUAUUGGCAAAUAAACAGAUGACUGUUCGAGAUGCACUGAAUUCAGCUAUGGAUGAUGAAAUGGAACGUGAUGAAAGGGUUUUCAUAUUAGGUGAAGAAGUAGCUAUGUAUGACGGUGCAUAUAAAGUUUCUAGGGGAUUGUACAAAAAAUACGGUGAAAAACGUGUGAUUGAUACUCCUAUUACAGAAAUUGGAUUUGCCGGAAUUGCUGUUGGUGCAGCAAUGGCUGGAUUAAGACCAAUCUGUGAGUUCAUGACAUUCAACUUUUCAUUGCAAGCUAUUGAUCAUGUUAUUAAUUCUGCUGCAAAAACGUUUUAUAUGUCUGCUGGCAUGGUAAAUGUACCAAUCGUGUUUAGAGGACCAAAUGGAGCAGCAUCUGGUGUUGCUGCUCAACAUUCUCAAUGUUUUGGAGCUUGGUAUAGUCAAUGUCCAGGUUUAAAAGUUAUCUCUCCGUACAAUUCUGAGGAUGCUAGAGGAUUAUUAAAAGCAGCAAUAAGAGAUCCGGAUCCAGUUGUGUUUUUAGAGAAUGAAUUAUUAUAUGGUAAUCAAUAUCCUAUAACAGAUGAAGUAUUGGAAAAAGAUUUUGUACUACCUAUUGGGAAAGCAAAGAUUGAAAGAAAGGGUGAUCAUAUUACAUUCGUAGCACACUCCAAAGGAGUUGAAUUAGCUUUGGAUGCAGCAAAAGAGUUAUCUUCAGUCGGGAUUGAAGCAGAAGUUAUAAACUUACGGUCAUUAAGACCACUUGAUAUUAAUACAAUAAUACAAUCAGUGGUUCGAACCAAUCAUAUUAUAUCGAUAGAACAAGGAUGGCCAUAUGCUGGUAUUGGAUCAGAAAUAUCUGCUCAAAUUAUGGAGAGUGAGGCUUUCUAUCACUUAGAUGCACCAGUCAUAAGAGUAACAGGUGCAGAUGUUCCAAUGCCAUAUACCAAAUCAUUAGAAAUUGCUGCAUUGCCACAAAUAAACAACAUUGUAGAUGCUGCUAAAAAGUUAUUAGGUGUUUAAACCUUACUCAAUUCUAUUAUAUUAAUGUAACAAAUAAAAUCUGAUUUAAUAUUUAGGUGCAAUUUGGCCUACUCAAUUUAAUUAAAAAUAAAAUUGUAGGACAAAUAAAUUCCAUGUAUGUUUUAAAUUAAAAUCUGUGUUAAUGUUGUCUUGUUAAUAUAAUUUGUUAAAAAAAAAAAAUAAAGCAAAAUUAGGUAACAGUUUUAUUAUUUUUAAUAUUAUAUUUAAAUCAUCUUGAAAUUGUACCUGAUUGCCACACUUUAUUUAUGCAUAAUUUUCUGUUAGCAUAAUAUUAGAUAUCUCAAGACAGUUGAUAUUGUGCUUCAUAGACAUGUAUAAUUGUAUCUCAAUUUACAACAUUUAUAAAUAAAAGGCACUGUUUCAAU